AUGUACCCUGUGCAGGCGGAGGGCAGGGUGAUGGGUCGCCGCUUUGUGCUAACACUGGUGAUCGGGAUAUCCGCCGGUUUUAGUUUUGCGUAUAUACUGCUAACUUCAGCCGGUUUCACACGGGAAGUAGCUUGGUCCACCUACAGGGAGUCAGCGAGAGAUCUCGAAAGGCAUCCCAUACCAAGCGUUAUAGACCACGGAAGCGAAGAACCAGCCCACAGAGAUGAGGAUAGGUCGGUGGCAGAUGAACUUGCUAAGAAAGUGAGAGUCUUGUGCUGGAUUAUGACUCAACCGAACAACCAUAAGAAAAAAGCUAUGCAUGUAAAGGCGACGUGGGGAAAGCGAUGCAACAAGCUGUUGUUUAUGAGCACUGCUGAAGACAGUUCACUACCGGCGGUAAAACUACCAGUAUCAGAAGGCAGGGACUACCUCUGGGCGAAGACGAAAGCCGCGUUCCGAUACGUGUAUGAGCAUCACAGGAGAGAUGCAGAUUGGUUUUUGAAGGCUGAUGAUGAUACGUACGUCGUUGUAGAAAAUCUAAGAUACAUGCUUUCAGAACAUUCCAGCAAAGAUCCCAUAUAUUUUGGAUGUCGUUUUAAACCUUUUACAGCUCAGGGUUACAUGAGUGGUGGGGCGGGCUACGUGCUAAGUAGAGAAGCGUUGGACAGAUUCGUGAACAAAGGUCUACCAUCGCCUCAUCUCUGCAAGGCGAGUGAUCAUGGAGCGGAAGACGCUGAAAUGGGUAUAUGCUUACAACACAUCGGUGUAAAGGCGAUGGACUCACGAGAUUCGCUCCAACGCGGUCGAUUCUUUCCCUUCGUGCCUAAAGACCACUUGUUCCCAAAUAAGGACAAGGGCUUUUGGUACUGGCAAUAUAUUUACUACCCCUCGGAUGAGGGUCUAGAUUGCUGUUCCGAUCACGCCGUUUCCUUCCACUAUGUGGACCCAGAACAAAUGUACGUACUAGACUACCUCAUCUACCACUUGAGACCCUACGGCAUUAGCUACGGGCAUCCAAGAAACGAUACAAGACUAACUGAUGGGCAGUAAGACAUACUAGUCAACACCAAAUGUUAACUAUAGUGUAUGUAUAAAAGUGUACUAUAGUAUGUCGUUGAUUUUGCAUUAUGUAACAUUUUGAGUUUUGUUAUACUACCUUCAUUUUAUUCAUUUUUAGCAAGUGAACAUUAAUAAGUCUGUACUAUAAUAUUUAGCAUUUAUUCUUUACUAAGCAAAAAUAUAGAAAAGUGUGUUAUCAUUUCUAAUAAUUUUUGAUAUAAACAAGAUUUUUAUUGAUUCUUAACUAUUCAAUAUACACUAUGUGAAAUGUCUUUUUAUAAAUGUUAGGUAUUAAAAAUGAGAUUUUGUUUUAAAUGACAUAUUGUAAAAUCAACGAUAUAAAUUAAGAUAGUUCCCAUAAGCGGCAUUUAUUUAGUGGUAAUGAGUAUACGAAUGCUAAAAG